UAUAAAUAUCCUGUGGCGGCUCGGCAAGUGCGUGCAUACUAGCGUGCGUAUAGAAUUUCAAAUGGGAAUGUGAGUGGUUCGACUGGCGGGUGGUCGAGCAUGAACGUCCCGCUUUACCUGCUCACCGUCGUGCACUUGGUGGCCGCGGCGCGUCGCAACGGUGAGGCGGCGGCGGAGAAGCAGGAGGUCCGCUCAGGGCGCAGGACGUGCCGGCUCUACUGCAGGGUGGGCAUCGGCUUCCACCUCCAGAUCCACCCGGACGGCAGAGUCAACGGCAGCCAUGAGGCCAACCGGCUGAGUGUUCUGGAGCUGUUUGCCGUGUCCCAGGGCGUGAUCGGAAUCCGCGGAGUCUACAGUAACAGAUUUCUGGCCAUGAAUAAGAGAGGACGCCUCCAUACCACUGAGUCAUUUACGGAUGACUGCAAGUUCCGCGAGCGUUUCCAGGAGAACAGUUACAAUACGUACGCCUCCGUGCUCCAUUGGAGCCGCCGGACUGGUCGCCAGUGGUUCGUGGCCCUCAACAAGCGAGGCAAAGCCAAGAUGGGCUCCAGCCCGCGAGUCAAAGCUCAGCACAUCUCCACGCACUUCCUGCCCAGAGUCGGCUUCGGCACAGACGGCGGCAGCGAGCGUGGGUUCGCUGUCACGGACGGGAAAGGCGACGAGCGGCGGGAAACGCCACCCAAGCCGCCGCCCAAGCCGCCUCCCUCUCCAGAGAAACCAAAGGUCCGGGACGGGACGCGGCCCAGACAGGUCAAGUACUGGCCCAAGUAUCGCUUUGGAUAGAACACGCAGCUUCAGAAAAACUUCCGAGCAUUCCCGACAUGAUUAACCUUCGACUAAAGACUCGAAGGUUUCGGAAAAAGUUAUUUUGGGUUGACCAUUUUUGAUGACACUAGCUCUUAACGUUGAGUGUUCUGCUACAUUUUUUAUCUCUGAUUGUAAAAAUUAGGGAUGAGCGAGGACCGAAACAAUCAUACCAGGUACCAGGUAUCGGUAUCAGGCCGAUAAUGGUAUUAUUUCAAGGAAUUGGGUACUCGUGAAGUUCAUCCAGCAUUACUUAAGGCAAAAACAAAUCUGACAUCGAGUAAGUCCUCCUGGCCAGUACUCAGUGCUACACUGCGGCGGCUUGACACAUCUGCAAAUCAUUAUUUGCAUUAGAAAGAAAGAAAGAAAGAAAGAGAAAGAAAGAAAGCUCUUGUACACAAUUAUAUAUUAUGGUGUUAAUUGAAAUUUUAGUUAUCAAAAGUACUCGUGGUAUCGGUACUCUGUAUCGUUAUUGGUGAGUAGUCAAGAGUGAAUACUUGUACUGGUAUCGGUCUGAAAAAAGUAGUACUUUUUUUCUUGAAGACUUUAUUCUUGUAAUAUUACAAUGGUUUUUUUCCUUGAAUAUGUGACUACUC